AUGGGUAAAAAAAGAAAGGCCGGCGGUCGCCCUGCGGCCCCCAAGGCGGACAAGCAUGGUCCGUCCAAAUUCCACAUCGAGGAGCGAUUCGAUGAUUCGGAGGAUGAGUUCCAGACUGGUCGCGACCAAAUCCUACUAGAAGAGGCGCCGGAAGCAAAGAGACGUCGGAGAGUGGCUGAGGAAGAGGAACUUCUCCAGGCAUCGGACGAAGAGAUCAUGGGUUACGAGGACGACGACGACGAUGAAGACGAUCUAGAUCUCGAUGAUGAGGAAGACCUUGACGAAGGCGACGACUACGACGAGGAUGACAUGGAUGGUAUUCAGUCAAAAUCCAAGUCGAAGCGCGGCGGCAGUCCGGGAUCUGAAGACGACGAGGAAGGUAUCGCCGCUUGGGGUUCGUCCAAGAAGGACCUUUACAGUGCGGAUCAGAUCGAAACGGAAGCAGACGCUCUUGAGGAGGAGGAAGAAGCCAAGCGACUUCAGCAGAAGCAUCUGCAGGCCAUCAACGAGGAAGACUUUGGCUUUGACGAAUCUGAAUGGGUUGAAUCCGGCAAGGACCAGAAGGAUGCGGGGGAUGGCGGUGAGGUGACAGAGGUUCUACCACAACUGGAGAUUACGGAGGAUAUGAGCGAAGAGGAGAAGUUGAAGAUACUCAAGUCCAGAUAUCCCGAGUUCGAACCCCUAGCGAAAGACUUUGCCGACCUUCAGUCCACGCAUCAGGCUCUCGCCAAGGCCGCUCGGAGCUUCAAUGCCAACGAUGACUCCGAAGAUGCCCCGGAUUCCGCACCUGUUGCAGUUGUCAAGUUCCGCGCUCUGUCUGCUUACCUUGGUACGAUCGGCAUGUACUUUAUGCUCCUGACCUCUUCCACCGACGACUCCGGCAAGCCUGCUCCGCUAUCGCCUGCUCAGCUACGAGCCCACCCAAUAAUGGGAUCCCUAGUCAAGUUCAGGAAACUCUGGGAGACCGUCAAGAACCUUAGUGAACCCGAGCCGGAGGCAUCAGAAGCCGAGGAUGACUCCGAAGUUGAUGAAAUCAUGUCCGACGCACCUACGGCCAAGCAAAAGAGCAAGGGCAAGGAGGAGCAAACUUCCAAGAAGAACAAGAAGAAGACAGAGAAGGUAUCCAAGGCACAACGCGCAGCCGAGGCAGCACAAGCCGAGGCAGAGGCUCGGCGAGCAGAGCGACUCCGACAGACCGAAGCCAACCUGGCCGAUCUAUCGAAGCUCGUUUCCGGAUCGAGCAAGAAACGAGCCGCCCAGAAGACCAAAUCGAGCAAGGAAGCCGACGACUCCGACUUCGGUGACGAAGACGCCCUCACAGCCAAGGAAGCCGAAGAGAAGGCCAAGCAGAAGCGUUCUCUCCGCUUCUACACAUCUCAACUCGCACAGAAAGCCAACAAGCGUAACGCAGCCGGUCGUGACGCAGGUGGUGAUGCAGAUCUUCCUUACCGUGAGCGUCUAAGGGACCGCCAAGCCCGCCUGAAUGCCGAAGCCGAGAGACGUGGUAAACAGAAACUGAAGGACUCCGAGCAGCUGGGCGGCGACAGUGACGAGGAAGACCACCGGGUCGCCAAGCAGCUCCGCGGCGACGAAGGAUCUGACGAUGACGACUACUACGACAUGGUCGCGGCUCGCGGCAAGCAGCGCAAGGACGACAAGAAGGCGCGCGCUGACGCCUACGCUGCUGCGGCCCGUGAAGGCGGCCACGUUGAGAUCCAGGAGGAAGUCGGCCCCGAUGGCAAGCGUGCUAUCACCUACCAGAUCGAGAAGAACAAGGGUCUUGCGCCUAAGCGUAGCAAGGACUCUCGCAACCCUCGUGUCAAGAAGAGAAAGAGAUACGAGGAGAAGAAGAAGAAGCUCGGCAGUAUUCGCCAGGUGUACAAGGGUGGUGAAGGUCGUGGUGGAUAUGGUGGUGAACUUACGGGUAUCAAGAAGAACGUGGUCAAGAGUGUUAAGCUCUGA